GGCGGCGGAGCCGAGGCGGGGCCGGCUCUGAAUGAAGGCGCCGCGGGCCAGGGGCCGGGGGCGCCGCUGAGCGCCGAGGGGCCGCGGCCCGCGCCCAGCUGCCCUGCCCUGCCCUCCCCCUCCGCCCCCUGUUCCCCGUCCCCCGUCCCGGUGGCGGCCCGGGCCCCGCCAUGUCCUACAACAAGAUCCCGCCGCGCUGGCUCCACUGCCCCAGGAGGGGGCAGCCCGUGGCAGGGAAGUUUUUACCUUUGAAGACAAUGUUAGGACCAAGAUACGAUGAUCAGGUUGCUGAAGAAAAUCGUUUUCACCCAAGCAUGUUGUCCAACUAUUUAAAGAGCCUGAAGGUUAAAAUGGGUUUGCUGGUGGACUUGACCAACACUACUAGAUUCUAUGAUAGGAAUGAUAUAGAGAAAGAGGGAAUUAAAUAUAUAAAGCUCCAGUGUAAAGGGCAUGGUGAGUGUCCUACACCUGAGAAUACAGAAACAUUUAUCCGUGUAUGUGAACACUUCAGUGAUAAGAAUCCCUCAGAGCUUAUAGGUGUCCAUUGCACGCAUGGUUUCAAUAGAACUGGAUUUCUGAUCUGUGCCUUUUUGGUUGAAAAGCUGGACUGGAGUAUUGAGGCAGCUGUGGCUACUUUUGCUCAGGCUAGACCACCAGGUAUUUAUAAAGGUGAUUAUUUGAAGGAAUUAUUCCGUCGUUAUGGAGAUGAAGAUGAUGCGCCAUCACCACCUGAGCUCCCAGAAUGGUGCUUUGAGGAAGAUGAAGAGGAGGACGAUGACACUGGUAGAACAGGAGGCCAAGAAUCAGAACCUGGAUCAUCAAGCUCUUCCUUUGGCAAAAGGAGAAAAGAACGCCUAAAACUGGGUGCAAUUUUCUUGGAAGGUGUAACAGUUAAAUGUGUGACCCAGGUGACAACGCAACCAAAGUUAGGAGGAAUACAGCAAAAGUGCCAGCAGUUCUGUGGAUGGGAAGGGUCUGGAUUCCCUGGAGCACAGCCUGUUUCCAUGGACAAGCAAAAUAUUAAAUUUUUGGAGCAGAAGCCAUACAGAGUUAGCUGGAAAGCAGACGGCACACGGUACAUGAUGCUUGUUGAUGGCAAGAAUGAAGUUUAUAUGAUUGAUCGAGACAAUUCAAUUUUUCACGUAUCUAAUCUGGAAUUUCCGUUUCGCAAAGAUCUUCGCACACAUCUAACAAACACUCUUCUAGAUGGGGAAAUGAUCAUUGACAAGGUUAACGGACAGGUUGUUCCUCGGUACUUGAUAUAUGACAUUAUUAAGUUUAAUGGACAGCCAGUUGGAGACUGUGAUUUUAAUGUUCGGCUUGCCUGUAUAGAAAAAGAGAUUAUAUUUCCACGACAUGAAAAAAUGAAGACUGGUCUUAUUGACAAAGCACAGGAACCAUUCAGUGUUCGAAACAAGCCAUUUUUCGACAUCUACGCUUCAAGAAAGCUCCUGGAAGGAAGUUUUGCUAGAGAAGUUAGCCAUGAAGUGGAUGGACUGAUAUUUCAGCCUACAGGAAAAUACAAGCCUGGUCGAUGUGAUGAUAUUUUGAAAUGGAAGCCACCCAGCCUGAACUCUGUUGAUUUUCGUCUAAAGAUAACAAGAAUUGGUGGAGAAGGGCUACUCACCCAGAAUGUUGGUCUUCUUUAUGUUGGAAACUUUGACAGACCUUUUGCACAAAUUAAGGUAACAAAAGAACUGAAGCAGUAUGAUAAUAAGAUUAUAGAGUGCAAGUUUGAGAACAACAGCUGGGUCUUCAUGAGACAGAGAGUAGACAAAAGCUUUCCGAAUGCCUACAGCACUGCCAUGGCUGUGUGCAAUAGCAUCCAGAACCCAGUCACGAAGGAGAUGCUGUUCGAGUUCAUCGACAGGUGUACGGCAGCUUCCCAAGGACAGCCACGGAAACACCACCUCGACCCUGACACCGAACUCAUGCCGCCCCCGCCGCCCAAGAGGCCGCGUACCAUCACAUAAGGCCUCGGGCUCAGUGGAUGGCGUGUUUACACUGCUGCAGAAGGCGAAAUACGAGUGUGAGGGCUGGAAAAAGAAAUACCUGAAUUGCUGUAAAUACCUAGGUGUGUUUUUCCUUUUUUUUUUUUGUUUUUUUUUUGUUUU